AUGAAGCCUUAUUUGGGUGUUGUGUUCUUGCAAUGUGGCUAUGCAGUGUUUGCUAUAAUCGCCAAGUCGGCCCUUGACCGCGGAAUGAGCCAUUUCUCGUUUUCGGUUUAUAGAAAUGUCAUUGCCGCGCUUUCUGUUGCCCCUUUUGCAUUAGUUUUCGAAAGGCCCGUUAUAGACCAGAACUUAUACUAUAUGGGAAUGAAAUACACAACGGCUACUUUCACUUCCGCCAUGUGCAACGUUCUUCCAGCCAUUACUUUUGUACUAGCUUGGGCACUCAGGCUUGAAAGAGUGGAUGUUGGGAGAUUACAAGGCCAAGCUAAGAUUGUGGGGACAUUGGUAACUGUUGGUGGGGCCAUGAUCAUGACUCUUGCCAAAGGCUCGGUUAUUGGGCUGCCUUGGACCAAACUCAAGCCCAACUCCCAAAGUGACGACGAGUUGAUGGCCCAUCAAGAUCCAAUCAAGGGAGCUAUAUUGAUAACGGCCGCUUGUUGCUGUUGGUCCAUCUUUUACAUACUACAGGCGACCACAUUGAAAUCAUACCCGGCCGGACUUUCACUGACGAGCCUAAUAUGCAUGGCGGGGGCUUUGCAAGGAGCCGUGUUGACUCUAGCGGUCGAGAGGUGCAACACGGCUGUAUGGUCCAUAGGAUGGGAUAUAAAACUCGUAGCUUAUGUUUAUGGCGGGAUAAUGUGUUCGGCAAUUACUUACUAUGUUUCGGGUGUCAUAAUGGAAGAAAAAGGACCUGUUUUCGUCACCUCGUUUAAUCCUCUGAAUAUGGUCAUUGUUGCGGUUUUGAGCUCUUUCAUCCUGGCCGAGCAAUUGGAUGUGGGAAAGGUAAUCGGAGCUAUGGUAAUUGUUAUUGGGUUGUACUUGGUCAUUUGGGGCAAAAGUAAAGACGAGAAAGAAUGUUUCUAUGUCGAGACUGAAAUCGUUGGUCGACAAAAUGCGACAUCGACUACUAAUCUUUCUGCAAAGACAACAAUAUCUGGUGAUAGUGUUGUUUGA